AUGACACACAGAGCAUCAGCAGCCUCCGAGUCCGGCACAGACGUAGUCUUUGCGCUGAAUAUAUUAGCCCGCCACCCUGGAGCGGGGCUACGCAGGAGGCGCGUGGUGGUCGCCUGUGUGGAGAAGCAGGAGCACAGCGCUGACACCGUCCUCUGGCCAGUCUACCCGGGGAGAGCAGACGGGAGCCCGCGGUCGCUGCCCAGGCAAACGCCGGUCACCACCAAAGCGCAUUUCGAACCACGUGAGGAGUCCACACACCGGCUCCUCCAGAUUGGGGCACAGCCCCCACUUCCACAGUGGCACGAUGCCGACGGGAGUGGGGCCGAUGCCGACGGGGAGUGGGGCCAUGUGAUCCAGACAGUGGGGGCCGGCGGGCGUCCUGGCCCUUUGGCCCAGGAAGAGGACUUCUGCUUGUCCCCCGUUGCCUACGUCACGGGGUGUGCCCAGCGUGGUACUAAAGCAGGCAAUACAGAAGGAAGUCUGACACCGUUUCUAAAUGAUUACUUACUGCUUUUUAAUCUCUUCCUGCUGGUAGGUUGUGGGUCUGUCUUGAACACAAAGGGCGAAGUGGAAAUGGACGCCAGUAUCAUGGAUGGGAAGGACCUGUCCACAGGGGCCGUGUCUGCUGUGCGCUGCAUCGCCAACCCCAUCAAACUGGCUCGGCUCGUGAUGGAGAAGACGCCCCACUGCUUUUUGACUGGCCAAGGUGCAGCGGAAUUUGCGGCCGCUAUGGGGGUUCCAGAGAUUCCAGCCGAGCAGCUGGUUACAGAGAGAAGCAAGAAACGCCUAGAAAAAGAGAAACUUGAGAAAGGGGCUCAGAAACCCGACUGCCGAAAAGCAGGAUCUGGCGGUUAUGCUGACAACAACAUUGGCGCCAUUUCCACGACGGGGCACGGCGAGAGCAUCCUGAAGGUGAACCUGGCCAGACUCGCUCUCUUCCACAUAGAACAAGGAAAGACAGCAGAAGAAGCUGCUGACGUGUCGCUGGGCUUCAUGAAGUCCAAGCUCAAAGGUCUGGGGGGCGUCAUCUUGGUCGACAAAGCAGGAAACUGGGCAGUCAAGUGGACCUCUGACGCCAUGCCCUGGGCGGCCGCCAAGGACGGCAAGCUGCACUGCGGGGUCAACCAAGACACCAGUGUCACUGACCUGCCCUGAGCCCCAGGAAGACCGUUCUACAGGCUGGUUUGGAGGAGAAGUACCGUUUUCUGGUGUGGAGACUUAGCCUAAUCAAUUAGAUCUAGAAAUGGAAAAAUCAUGCAGUCUGUCCCUCGUUUUGUCGCCUUGAUCAAUAAGCACCUGAACAUGUGGCUGAGGAAUGAAUUCUGAGGUAAAGAGAGUCGAGGAGAGGUGACGGCUGGGCCGGCCUUUCUCCUGAGCAGCCCCCGGGGGCUGGGGCUGGAAGGAAAGAGCGACAUGGCCUAACACCGCAGAAGCUGCCCGGGUGCCAGGAGCGCCUUUGGAACUGGGGGUCCGCAGGAGUGGGGGGAGGUGUCUGCGGAAAGGUGUCCAGGGCCCAGGCAGGGACCCGGGAGGGAGGGAGGAGCAGUCUGAGGGUGAGAUGGGAGCAGUGAGGCGGAGGCCCCUGGAGAGCAGGCCCGCGAGACACACAGCGCCCGUCCGAGCCAGAAGCAGCCCUGGGGAGACUCUGAGGGGCUGAGAGGAUUUUUCUAAGAAAGCGCCGGUCGCCUCUGACUUACCAGUCUAGACCUGUUUCCCUGUAGCGUAGCUCCCUGGCCUGGAGGUGAAACCACAGCCGGUGGGCGCGGGGCGGCCCUGGGGCUCACACCUGAGCCUGCUCGCCGGGCUCGUCCACCGCCGCCGGGCAGUCAGUCACUGCCACAGCCCCUCCAGGCCCCCUGGCAAGAGAGAGGGGCCCAGGCCCCCCUGAACUGGGUGUGGUCAGCAUGGUGAGAAAGUCAUUACCUUGCCGGAGAGUGUUCCUAUUUACCUGGAUUUCCACAGCAAAUGAUGUUUCUGCUGGGACAUAGCUGCUCUGCUCUUGGGGUUUUUUUUUUUUUUUUUAGUCUGUCCGUUCUUACCUUCUCUCUGGAAAGAAAUUGCUUAACUUUAAAUUCCAUGUGCCACUAAUAAAAUGUAUUUUGAAAGAU